GCUUUCACGGCUGGCUGCUGACAGAGAGCGAGAGAGAGAGAGAGAGAGAGAGAGAGAGAGAAACAGAGCGAGAGAGAGAGAGAAAACAGAAAGGGAGCGCAGGGUAGAUUCCAGUCGCCUGCUGGUUCCAGUUGCUGUUGUCGGCUUCAUCCUUUGUUCACGUCCCCUGCGAUGACCCUGUUUAAGAGUGAGCACCGCAGCCCCAGAUAUAUAAGCAUGACCGGAGAUCUGAAAUCAAGCCGUCCCAGGACGGCGUCCAAGAGGCCGGGCAGCGCGAUGUACAGAUCGGAUUAUGACCUGGACCAUGACUGCUACCAGGACAACUUCUACGACAGGGUGUAUGACUACCAGCGUGUCCCAGCCUCCGUGCCCCCCAUGGUGCAUCCGCCCAGCCUGUCCAAACGACCCCGCAGCUCGUCCUCCACCAGGCCGCUGAGCAGAGACAGGCUGCCGUCCAAGAGCAGCUCCAGGACCAGUUCAUCCAGCUCUCGGAGGGCCAGAUUGAGGAUGGAGGAGCUGCAAACCAUAAAGCGAGAACUGAAGAUGAUCAAAGUACAGAUCGACGGCCUCCUGGACAGUCUCGACAGGAUGGACAGACAGAGGCGCCACCACACCGGGUCCCCCCCAGCGUGGGGAGGCAGUCUGGCAAGUUCCCCCCACAACACCUUGGCCAGCAGUUCGGAGGGCUCUCCCAGCCCCCAGAGCUCCAGGAGCAGGGCCCACAGAGACGGGGAUGCGGAGAGCCCAGAGCCAGGGGAGGCGAGCGACGACGAACAGCAAGCGAUGAACCAUCACAGUUCUGACCUCGAGGAUGACAUGUGAGCAGCUGCUGUUCAGGUGCUCCCCAUAAGCACAAAACCUUCCAGAGUGAAGAGAAGCCCAGUGACAGGAGGAGCAAGGGAGCGCUUUGCAUGGGGGGAGGGGGGGUCCACCAUUGCCACUUUAGCAGUUACCAUGGAAACACCUAUGGGGAGGCCUGCCCAUCUUCAUCCUUGCAGGACUCCAGUCAGCCGGUGCUCAUUCAUCAGCUUCUCCCCAGGGAAUUCUGGGCUAGAGACUCCUCGUGUCUCUCACUCCCAUGAACUUCGUUAGUGUGUGUCCCUAAACCCCCUUCGGAUGGCCGGAGCCCACGGUCCUCAUGUUGAACGUGUCCCUGUGGUCACCAUCGCUGCACCUCUCUGCUGUUUGCGAUUAUGAAUUCAGUUUGUUUGGGGAUGAUUGCAGUUCCAGAACAGCCUUCGUAUCUCCAAAAUCUGCUCUGUCAAAAAGCGCGCACGCACGCACACACACACAUACACACUCGUCAAAUCCACAGAGAGAAAUUAUGCCAAAUUUUCAUCAUAGAUUGCUGUAAGAAUAGUACUAAGAGAAAAUAAAUAAAUGAUGCAGAUAAGCUCGACUUUUAAGUAGAAUUUCAGCUCCGACUGGCAUUUUUUUACGGAAUGCUUGCAGGCAGACAGUAAAACACCCGUGCCGUCCGUGAAGCCCUGUCAUAACGACUGCUGCGGGCCACCUCUGGUCACUUGGUCACUGACAGUGACCUGGUCCUCAGGGCUGAGAACCAGCAUGUAGCCACAUAUGAACAGUGUCAAUUAUGGCCUUCCUUGUUCACGGGUUCCAGCGUUUCAUCGGCACGAAACUCGGUACGGGUCCAAAUGAGUCAGAUGCCAAGGUUACCGAAUGGAGGGUUGAAGCUGAGCUCUUUGUUGGUCACCUUGCAUUUGUUCGCACUCUGCUGAAGGACCCAGGAUGUGCGCCGCCUCCCUCCGACUGCCCAGGGCACCUUUACUCUGUGCGGUUGCAGCACAUCUCCUGCUGGGCUCACUGUCUGCGGCAGCCGUUUUCCAAUUCCUUCCGUCUCCAGAAAUCCUCUGAGCAGGUGAACGUCCCGUUCUGUAAAAGACGCGGCAUUCACACUCUGGCCAGUGUGUUGACAAGCCCAAAAUUAACAAAUAGAGAUGAUCGUGUCCACUUGACCAGUCAGAGUUCAUUGCGCAAGACACCCUGAAGAGAUUAUAGUUGCAUUGCUCAUGACAGCCAGGUGGUGGCGCCGAGGAGCGUAACGGUUCUGUCGGAACCGUUGAUUGUGCUUAAAGUAACAGCCAAAAGAAAUCUCAGGACCUUGGUGCCCGUACGGUUUCGCCGAGGGUCUCGGACGUCCCCAUCCACAUGAAACAUCCCUCGUCACUGUAAUCAUGUGGCCGCAUUUAUAGAGGCAAAAAGAAAGAAAAGAGACAAAAUGCUGCCAUCCUGCUGACGCUCACAGCACCCUUGUCAGAGCAAUGCUUUUAAGUGAUCAAUAAGUCUAAGUCAGUUUCUGAAGCAUGGCAAUGGCAGCCAGCCGUGGGUCCUGAGCGAUUGUCGGACUGCGAGCAGCUCCGCGCACUGGAGUGUGUGUGUGUGUGUGUGUGUGUGUGUCUCUCCUCGUGUGAAAACGUGCUAGACGACAAUACGAAGCCUCUUCUCCUACCGUGUAUCAGGUGCUUUAGACUGAAAGAACACACAGGGUUUGAUGUGUAAUACCGUGAAAUACUGUAAAGUUCAGCUUUCGUUUAUCUUUCUCUUCCUUGAACUGUUUGGUAGAUGCUGUUGGUUUGCAUUCGUGAAAAAGCCACGUGGAAAGACGUGCACAAUAACAGUAAAGGUAUUUUCAUAUUGACUGUGAAGGUGUUGCACUUCCUCAUUUGACCGAGACAGGAUGGCGGUCCAGGAGCCGCGUGGUCACACGUGGUUGGAAUGUGAGACAGAGGGCACUCGCAGUCCUGGGGAAUACUCUCUUCGAUGAGUCUGCGUUGCUGUCGACACCACGCAGGCCCUGCAGCUUCAGUCCUGUUCAGUUGUUCUAGUGGGGUGAUGCCUUUUCCUUAGUGUGAACAGAAGGUUAUGCAUAGAACCUUGCAGUGUGAGUGACCAAGUAUGGCGGCGUACCACAGAUACCGGUGGAGUCCUGCUUAAAGUAUGACGUGUGAUAAAGAGGACAGUCUGAAUGCGUUGAACUUCACAGGCAGCAUCCAUAUGGCUGACCGGAAGGACAGGUAGAAAUCCCACCCUACGCCGCGUCAUCUCGUCACAUUCCGGGUUCUUCAUGCUCCCGAGUGUCCGUGUUGCUCUCGUACGGUUUUCUCAUCAGCGCUCAAGUGGAAGGGCUUAAAUGAGGAAAAGCUGAAAUUUGAAAUGUACUGCAGUGUCACAGAAAUCAACUGUAGGUGACUGUCUUCAUUCAGGCCUUAUGGAAUCCCAACAAUCAGCUCUGUAUGUAAAUAGAAUGUCGAAUGAUUGCUUGUCACGAUAUUGGCCAGAGGCUGUUUGAAUAUGGUGUUACAGCCGAGCUACUGAGCUCAGCGUUUGAAAAGGUGACUUAAUUGUAAGUAAUAAUAAAUUCAUUGAUGUCCUAGUGCAUGUUCACAGUGAUCCAGAGCCUGGUCCUCUCUACCAGCCCAUCACAUUAAACACACAUGUCAAUUCAUCUGAGAAAAACAUCACCCGACUGUGGGAGGAAACCAGAGCACCCAGAGGAAACCCAUGUGAACACAGAGAGAACACGCAAACUCCACUCACCUAGUCUGAGCCGGAUUCAGUUGUAAAUGUACACGUAAAUGUGAAAUGAACACUUCAAACCCAUAGGCCAAGAGCUGAGGUUCUCCCCACUGCACCACCAUG